AGUUAUUACUUAGCUCAUUUACUUAUGAUGUUUCAAAUUACUCAAGAUCGGUUCGCGUUAAAUCGAAUGAAGCUCGUACGUAUAAAAUUGGGUAGGCUUUCGCCUAUUUAUCAACCCUAGUUUUUUCACAAGGGAUUUACCUAUUCCAAUCCGAAGCCCGACCCAAUAGCCUUCGUUUAUCUGUUUGUCCUUAAAAAAUGAGAAACGGAAGCAAUUCUAUCUAUGUCUGUUGCAUCUGUUCUUCAUCUUCGUCAUCGAUAAACUCAUAAAUCCACGAAAACGUACACACACUCAUAUACAUAUGUACCGUUGUAUUUAAUACUCACAUCUCUCUCUCUCUCUCUAUUCGGAGAGUAAAUCUUGAAAUCUUCUCUCUCUCUCUCGCUCUCUCUCUCAUGGCGAUUGCAGCGGCAGUUGUUAUAGUCCCUCUAGGCGUGCUCUUCUUCCUCUCGGGUCUCGUCGUCAAUUUCAUCCAGGCUAUUUGCUUUGUCCUUGUUCGGCCAUUGUCAAAGAGUUUAUACAGAAGGAUUAACAGAGUGGUUGCAGAAUUGUUGUGGCUGGAGCUCGUAUGGCUUAUUGACUGGUGGGCAGGGGUUCAGAUUAAACUGUUCGCAGAUACAGAAAGUUUUCGAAUAAUGGGUAAAGAACAUGCCCUUGUCAUAUCUAAUCACAAAAGUGACAUUGAUUGGCUGGUUGGAUGGGUUCUGGCUCAGCGAUUUGGUUGUCUUGGUAGCUCAUUGGCUGUAAUGAAGAAGUCAUCUAAGUUCCUUCCGGUCAUUGGCUGGUCGAUGUGGUUUUCCGAGUAUCUCUUUCUUGAAAGAAGUUGGGCUAAGGAUGAAACCACAUUAAAGUCAGGUCUACAACGGCUAAGAGAUUACCCUCAGCCAUUUUGGUUGGCACUUUUUGUAGAAGGUACUCGCUUUACGCAGGCAAAGCUUUUAGCAGCUCAAGAGUAUGCAGCUUCAACUGGGUUGCCUGUACCAAGGAAUGUUUUGAUUCCUCGCACUAAGGGUUUUGUUUCAGCCGUCAGUAACAUGCGCCCAUUUGUUCCAGCUGUUUAUGAUUUUACAGUUGCUAUUCCUAAAAGUUCAACUCCACCGACGAUGCUUAGACUCUUUAGGGGACAGCCUUCUGUGGUCCAUGUGCACGUCAAGAGGCAUUUGAUGAAGGAAUUGCCUGAAUCAGACGAUGAUGUUGCAAAGUGGUGCAGAGAUAUUUUUGCAGCCAAGGAUAAUUUAUUGGAUAAACAUAAUGCUGAGGACACUUUUGGUGACCAAGAACAGGAUGCUAGUCGGCGUAUGAAGUCUAUUGUGGUGGUUAUCGCUUGGGUGUGUCUGCUAGUUUUUGGGGCCUUGAAAUUCUUGCAGUGGACUUCACUCCUAUCCUCAUGGAAGGGUAUUGCAUUUUCAGCAGUUGUUUUGGCCAUCGUUACAGUUCUUAUGCAGGUCUUGAUCCAAUUCUCUCAGUCAGAGCGCUCAACCCCCGCCAAGGUGGUCCCAGCAAAGCCUAAGAACCAAGGAGAGCCUUCAGGAACGCCACAAGUUAAACCACAGUAGAUUAAUCUUUGUUUUUUUUCCAUAUUAGUCAUGUAUUUGUGAAAAAAUAUGGUGAAGUCCCCAAGAGGUGUAUUUUUCCAGUGGCUUUUUUCUAUUUUUUGUACCAUCACAACGAUUGCAUAUGUAUCAAUUCAUUGAUUGCUGUUCAACUAGGCUAAAAUUGCUGUUGUGUACUAA